CGCUCUCAGGUUCAGACACUUUGGUUCCUGUUCCUACGGUAAUAAAAGUGGGUUCUUCUUCCGGACACGUUAUUCUUGCAUCAGCAUCCAGUCAUUCAGCACCGUGACAAUGUCGACCUCAGGAGAGUCAGCCUUUGAGUGUGGCUUCUUGCUACAGAUAAAAGAGGAGGCCGCGCUGGCUGUGGCCCUGAACGACUACCUAACCUCACGCAGCUACCUGGCUGGGUUCAGCCCCUCCCAUGCCGACCAGGAAGCCUUUAAGCUCCUCCACAGGCCCCCAGACCAGCAGCACGUUCACGCUCUGCGCUGGUACAGACACAUAGCGGCCCUGCAGCAGGACCUCAGCCCUGAGAGCAGCACCAAAGGGAAGCGGGUUCAGCCGCCGUGGUCUCCACCUGCAGGAACUGAUGUUCCCAAACUUCUGCUCUACAACAGCCUGACGAGAGCGAAGGAGCCGUUCGUUCCUCAGAAGGGGAAUAAAGUAACGUGGUACUGCUGUGGACCGACGGUCUACGAUGCCUCACACAUGGGACAUGCCAGGUCCUACAUAUCUUUCGAUAUUCUGCGAAGGAUACUGAGGGACUACUUCAAAUACAAUGUCCUCUACUGCAUGAACAUCACUGACAUUGAUGACAAAAUCAUUAAAAGGGCUCGGCAGAACUACCUUCUGGAGCAGUACAAGGAGAAGCAACCACAAGCUGCUCAAAUACUGCAGGAUGUCCUGAGCGCCAGAGGACCCUUUCAGGCCCACUUGGCUUCGACGACGGACCCUGAUAAGAAGCAGAUGCUGGAGAAGCUCGAUGCAGCUGUUGAAGCUGCUCUGAAGCCCCUGCAGGCAGCGAUGGAGAGCAAAGCAGCAGAUGACGUCGUUCAAUCUCUGGCCCAGGUGCUGUUGGAGAAUUCCAAGGACUUGUUGGCUGACUGGUUGGACAAGCAGUUUGGAAGUCAAGUCACAGAGAAUUCAAUCUUCUCCAUCCUUCCUAAAUAUUGGGAGGGAGAGUAUCAUAAAGACAUGGAAGCUCUGAAUGUUCUUCCUCCAGAUGUCCUCACUCGAGUCAGUGAAUACGUGCCUGAGAUUGUGGACUUUGUGGAGAAGGUUGUCUCAAACGGUUAUGGGUAUGAAUCAAACGGUUCUGUGUACUUUGACACCGUGAAGUUUGAUGCCAGUCUGCAGCAUUCGUAUGCCAAACUGGUGCCAGAGGCAGUCGGAGAUCAGAAAGCUUUACAAGAGGGAGAAGGUGACCUGAGCAUCUCUGCUGACAGAUUAAGUGAGAAAAAGUCCCCCAAUGACUUUGCCUUGUGGAAAGCCUCCAAGCCUGGAGAGCCUUCAUGGGACUCUCCAUGGGGGAAGGGGAGGCCUGGCUGGCACAUUGAAUGUUCAGCCAUGGCUGGUUCCAUCCUGGGAGAGUCCAUGGACAUCCAUGGUGGGGGGUUUGAUCUUCGAUUCCCCCAUCACGACAACGAGUUGGCUCAGUCUGAGGCUUUCUUUGAGAACGAUUACUGGGUCAGAUACUUCCUGCACACUGGGCACCUGACGAUCGCAGGCUGCAAGAUGUCAAAGUCUCUGAAGAAUUUCAUCACCAUUAAGGACGCCUUGGCAAAGAACACAGCUCGCCAGCUCCGUCUGGCUUUCCUGAUGCAUUCCUGGAAAGACACCCUGGACUACUCGUCCAACACGAUGGAGUCGGCCGUCCAGUACGAGAGGUUCAUGAACGAGUUCUUCCUGAACGUGAAGGACAUACUGCGCGCUCCGACUGACAUCACCGGCCGGUUUGAGAAGUGGGAGGCUGCAGAGAUGGAGCUGAACAACAGUUUCUACGACAGGAAGUCUGCCGUCCACGACGCUCUGUGUGACAACGUGGACACUCGCACCGCCAUGGAGGAGAUGAGAGUCCUGGUCAACCAGAGCAACAGCUACAUGGCCAGCAGGAAGAGCGCCAAGCUGAGGCCCAACCGCAUGCUGCUGGAGAGCAUCGCGGUGUACCUCACCGACAUGCUGAAGGUCUUUGGUGCCAUUGAGGAAUCGUCGUCCAUCGGUUUCCCAGUGGGAGGACAGAGUCAGAACGUCGACCUGGAGAGCACAGUGAUGCCGUACCUCUCGGUGCUGUCGGAGUUCAGAGAGGGCGUCCGAAAAAUCGCCCGAGAGCAGAAAGUGAUGGAGCUGCUGCGGCUGUGCGACGUGAUCCGUGAUGACACGCUACCCGAGCUGGGCGUCCGACUGGAGGAUCACGAAGGCCUGCCCACUGUGGUGAAGCUGGUGGACAAGGACACAUUACUGAAGGAGCGAGAGGAGAAGAAGAAGAUGGAGGAAGAGAAGAACAAGAAGAAGGAAGAAGCAGCCAGGAAGAGACAAGAACAAGAGAUGGCUAAGCUUGCGAAGAUGAAGGUCCCUCCAUGUGAAAUGUUCAUCACAGAAACCGACAAAUAUUCCAAGUUUGAUGAAACGGGUUUCCCCACUCAUGAUGUUGAAGGGAAGGAACUGAGCAAAGGACAAGCAAAGAAGCUGCGCAAGCUCUACGAGGCUCAGGAGAAACUGCACAACGAGUAUCUUCAGAUGAACCAAAACGGCAACUGAGUGUGUUUACAGAGCGUCCGAGCCGUCCGCUCUUCACGAUCCCUACAGAAUAAAUUUUACGGCCUCAGCUGCUGGGUCAUCGUUUGUCUCCUGAUUAUCCAUUUCAGAUCAGAAAACUGCUAAAAAAAAACAACUUCUUUUUGUUAAGUGAAUUUCAGAAUGAAGGUUCAAGUUUACACAAGUCUGUGUAUAAUGUUCCGUAAUGGGUUUGGGGGGCGUAGCCAGCAGCGUCUCCAAAUGUUUUAUACGUUCAUGUUUUUCUCCAAAACUGAUAGUCAGCUCAAGGAUUUUUUUUCACUGUAUGAUUUAACUUUAAAACGGCGUCCACAGCUGUGCUUCUUCUCCGAGUGUGUCGACCGCUGACUGUGCAUAAAGAUGGACGCUGUGAGAGCUUCCUAAAAGUGAAGCUAAAACAUCUGAUCCGGAUCCGGGCCGAUCACCGCUGCACAGACUCUGGCUCCAGAUGACAUCACCGGAACAAGAUGGCAGCACUCGUACCAGGGAUAUUUUGGCUUCACUUUAGUACAUUGGGAAGAAGUGGAGGCACGUCGUCCAUCUUUAUAUACGAGAGUAGUCUGGACCUCGUCUUCAUGGACCACAUUGCUCCGUUUGUUGUUUUGUUGGUGGUCCAGGAUGGCGUCUAACACGUUGCUCAAACUCUCCCACCAGAUUUCACAUUAGAGCUGCAACUGACAGGUUCGUCAUCGAUUAAUCUGUCAUUUAUUCUCAUGACUGAUCUUUUAGUUUAUAAAACAUUUUUAAAAGUUUCUCAGAGCCCACAGUGAUUGACGUUUCCUGGUGUCUUUUGUCCCACCAACAGUCCGAAACCCAAAGACUCUUAAGCAAACGGUUGACAUUUUAGAUUAUCAAAAUAGUUGCUGAUUAGUCUACUAAUCAUUGCAGCUCCUGUUUAUGUGUUGAGUUGUGGUGACUGAAGGCCCCAGCAUGUGAUCCACAUCACACCAUUCAGUGGUCCCUGUGUCCUCUAUGGAAACAUCUGCUUUUGUUCUGCUUCUCUACUCAUUCAUGUGUCACCUGUUUGGAUCUAAAGGUCAGAAUUGGCUGAAGGCAGUAAGGCUGCAAGCAAAUGUGUGAAAAUAUCUAAAAUGAUUAAUUGAUAGUCAAAAUAGUUGCAGAUUGUUUUUUGUCUGUCGAGCAGUCGGCUAAUUGUUGCAGCACCUUUUGAAUAAAACUUGGACCAAACUGCCACAGUUAA